GGAGCAGGUUUCCAAAGUUGGACACUAGUGACGUCUGAAACGUACGCACGGACAAUUGCUAGCUCCAUGCUGCGUGGUCUCGCUGAACGUUUCGUUCUUGGUUCAUCAUAAAACCAACUGAGCGACAUUGCUAGAAAGGAUGAACUCCUUUAUCCGCUUUUCCCAACCGACCCGAGCCAAUCUCAUUCAACUGGCUCCUUGGCGAACCGUACGGGUACGAACGCAGCUCCCUUGCGCAACUCGGUUUCUUGCAGAACGGGCUUUCCAAACCGACACGCAACAAUCUAGUAUUCCUGUAGAGCCUCGUCCUAGAUCUCGUUUUCUUAAGCGCUCACUACAAGUUGCAAAAUAUACCUCCUACUUCGCUCUAUCCGCCGCUUUUGGCGUACUCGCGAUCGGAGCAGGCUUUUUUAUUCACGAUGCAUUUACUUAUACAGACCGGCACGUGGACCGUGUCCCAGUAUCCCCUCUGGCUUUGCAUCCAGAACGUGGUGGUCCUAAAAACUUACCAGUGGUCAAAGCCUUAUUGGCAGACGAAGAGGACGAAGAGGCCAAGAAGUUGAGCGAGAAACCAAAGUUGGUCAUUGUCGGGGGUGGCUGGGGAUCGGUGGCAACUUUGCAGACCCUUGCGACGGGUGAAUACCAUGUAAUUGUCGUCGCGCCAGAGAAUUUUACUACAUUUACUCCCCUGUUACCCUCUGCCGCCGUGGGCACGGUUCAGAUCCGCAGCCUCAUUGAACCAAUGAGGAAAAUUAUUGCUCGACUGCAUGGGCAGAUGAUUCACGGUAACGCAGUGGAUCUAGUAAUGUCCGAGCGAUUACUGGAAGUGGAGGUGCUCGAUUCCUCGCGUCAACCCCAGCGCAUUUAUGUUCCAUAUGACAAGCUGAUCAUCGCAUGCGGUUCUGUCUCUAGCACUCACGGCGUGCCUGGCUUAGAACAUUGUUUCCAGCUGAAGACUAUAUCAGACGCCCAGGCUAUUCGACGUCGAAUUAUCAAUAAUUUUGAGACUGCAAGCUUGCCAACAACCAGUCCUGAAGAACGCAAGCGCCUCUUGAGCUUUGUUGUUUGUGGCGGGGGACCCACAGGCGUCGAGACUGCUGCAGAAAUUCACGAUUUGUGCCAGGAAGACAUCAUGAAUUAUUACCCAAAGAUAUGUCGCGAGGAGGUUUCAAUACAUCUUAUUCAGUCCCGUGAACACAUCCUGAACACCUACUCUGAAGCAAUAUCUAAGUUCGCGGAGGAAAAAUUCCGUCGUGAAAAUGUAGACCUCAUCACCUCGGCACGUGUUAGUGCGGUUUUCCCCGAUCAUGUAGUGUACACAGUCAAGGGCUCGGAUGGGAAGAUCAGCACACAUGAAAUCGAAAGCAAUUUCGUACUUUGGUCAACUGGUAUUGCAAUGAAUCCAUUCACGGAACGGGUUUCGAAUUUGCUGCCCAACCAAGUCCACAAGAAGGCGAUUGUGGUGGACGCACACUUGCGUGUUAAGGGUGCGCCGCCAGGCGAGGUGUAUGCAAUGGGCGAUUGUGCAACCAUUGAGACCUCUGCUGUGGAUUACCUUCUGGAGUUGGUUGAUGAAGCUGACAGAGACAAGAAUGGAAAGAUAGACUUCGACGAAUUCGAAGUCAUGGUCCGAAGGAUCAAACAGCGUAUCCCUAUGUCUGAGUCCCACUUGGCGAAGAUUAGAACACUCUUCAACCGCUACGACUCAGAUGCAGACAAUACCUUAAAUUUGAACGAACUAUGCAAACUCCUGGAGGAGCUCGGUAACCGUGUAACAGCAUUGCCAGCCACUGCACAAGUUGCUUCCCAACAAGGCAAGUAUCUUGGCAGAAAACUGAACAAACUUGCUGCCCAGCGGGAAGUGCUCGAAGCGAACUUUGUGAAGGACCUGGAUGAAGCUGUGUUGGGACCGUUCCGCUAUAGGCACCUGGGUAGUCUGGCAUAUAUCGGCAAUGCGGCUGUUUUCGAUCUGGGAAAUCUAUCAUUCAUGGGCGGACUGUUUGCCAUGUAUGCGUGGAGGGGCGUGUACUGGAAUGAACAGGUUUCCGCAAGGACGAGGGCCCUGUUAAUGAUUGAUUGGAUCAUAAGGGGGGUCUGGGGUCGGGACCUCUCAAUUUUGUAGCUCAGUCACCUCAUGCAGCACUCCAGUCAACCAUGGUACUUAAUGAUCUGUUACCCAAUUUUCGCGAAGUUGGUUCUCGACGGUUGUCCAAUGGGACUUUUAUCAUAAGUGAUAGAAUACUACUCUCGCCAUUCAAAGGACCCAAUGACAACCGUCUUCCCUAUUAUCGACCCCUGAUUAGGCGAUAGAAUUGUCAUCUUCCUGUUCGGGACGUCUAAAUUGGUACUGACGCGAGGAUGGUCAGUCUCUUCGGAAACGCCGCAACAGGUG